AUGAAAGAGAAUAAGACGAUGUUGGCCAGCAAAACACAGAAGGAUUAUUCAACAAUCAAAUAUUCUUCCGAAGAUUGCUCUUUACCCGCGCAAACUCGUGACCAUAGCAGGCAGAGAGAGGCACGUAACAGACUCCUGCUUGGAUUUAACUCACCUGACCUCAAACUAGGGUCCAACCCAGUCAAAUUUACAUCCCUUCGGGCUCUUGAAAGCACGGCAGGGCGACCAAAUGCGACAUUUGAUUGCAGUCUACAAUCAACCAUCGCGGAACCCUUGAAUGAAAAUGCAGCGGCGCCCGGAAACGGGCCAGACUAA